CGGACGUGUUCGGUCGUCCAUCAACUCCAUCACUUUUCCUUUUGCAGACACCGCACGAGAAAAAACAAUGGUUGACUAUCUGCGGUCAGCGUUUAUGUCGAUUUUCGGCAACCCAGAAGCGGAGGAGCUGAGGAAGGACGUUGACAGCCUGAAAAUCGACAAGACGAGGUCGGAAUCCGAGAUCAGGAAGCAGAAGAAAGCCCUGGACGCGAUGAACGCGCGUCUGAAAACGACAGAUCGGCUCUACCAGCAGACCGUGGUUGAAAAUCUUCAGUUGAAGGACAAGGUUGAAGACCUGAAUGAGCAGCUCUGCCACUACCAAGAGACCCUGGCCGAGAAUCGGAAAUUGACAGAACAGGUUUACUCGAAGAAUGCAAAACUCUUCAAUCAAAAAGAAGCGACCCUGGUCGAGAACAAGGAGCUGAAGGACAAAAUCAAACUGUUGCAAGAGCAGCUGCAAGAUUUAAGGAUCAAGUUCGAAGACCUUAAAGUGCAGAAGGGCACCUUCGAAGAGGCCUUCAACAAAAAUCAGGCCAAGAUAAAUAAGUUGAUUGAAGAGGCGAGGGAAGCGGCCACCCUGAGCAAGAAGGAAACGAGCAGCCUGAAGCAUCAGCUGGAGGUGGUGGAGUCCGAAGCCAGGGCCUCCAUUUGCGAAGAGCUGCUGGCCAAAGAGCAAGUGGAGAAGGAACUGAAAGCCCUCAGGGUCAGUUUCAAGGAGGCCCAGCAAACAGCUCGCAACGAGAUUGCCCUUCUGCAGACCAAACUGAAGCAGAAUGAGGAGGACAGGAAGGCGGCCAAGUCUCUCAGGGAGGAGGCCACAAAGUACUGGAAGGAGGCGACGAAAAACUGGCGAGAAGUGAAGCGGACCAAGGAGAUCAUCUCGCAGAAAAAGAGCACCAUGGACAAGGAUUUGAAAGACCUGAAAAGGCGUUUGAUGGAAAAGUGUCAGGAAGUCCAGAGGCUGCGCAAGGAGGUGGAAUCCUUGCAGAGCUCUCUCAAGUCUAAAAGUGGCACCUAGAAUUAGGAACAAAACAAUCUGAAAUAAUCUUAACUAAACAAAGGUGAAUAAUAAUUAUAUGAAAAUAAUUUUUAUUAAAUUUAUAAUUCAUCAUAUAUAUGAUUUUGAUGAUUAUAUAAUCUUCAAUAUUGCUGAUGUGACCAAUUUGAACAAUGAAUCUUAAACAUAAAACCGCAUUAAACAUUUUAACUUUACGUCUAAAGUCCAACGAGUGGAAAUACAAUACCAGUAUUUCAUGUCGUAUUUUUGCAUUUCAUGAUAAGAUGUUUAUGUUAAUAUAAUAAUUUUCCGUGAUUUUCUGUUAUCUAGCUACAAAACAUAAAAAAUAAAUCUGAAAGAAAUAAAAAUAAUCAGAAAUAAUUAA